UAAAUGGAGGGAACGGCAAACGUGUGUUCCUCGUGCUGCGCAGGCGCUAUUCUCUAGGCAACUGGGAAAGAGGACGGUUCGUUGGACUCGUGCCCCGAGAUGAAUGCCCUCACCAAAGUAAAGCUCAUCAGCGAGUUGAACCAGCGGGAGGUGGAGCUUGGUUUGACUGAGAACGUGUCCUGGCACGCCGAGUACAAAGACAGCGCUUGGAUCUUUAUUGGAGGACUCCCGUAUGAACUGACCGAAGGGGAUGUCAUCUGUGUGUUUUCUCAGUAUGGCGAAAUCGUUAACAUUAAUCUCGUACGAGAUAAGAAGACCGGAAAAUCCAAAGGAUUCUGUUUUCUUUGCUAUGAGGAUCAGAGGAGCACAGUUUUGGCCGUUGAUAAUUUUAAUGGGAUCAAGAUAAGAGGAAGAACUAUCCGAGUGGACCAUGUGGCUAAUUAUAGGCCCCCGAAGGAUUCCAGGAAUCUGGAUGAUGUAACCAGAAUGCUCCGGGGGAAGGGCUGUGGGCUUAAAACUCCACCUCCUAGUUCAUCGGAAUCCUCACAAGAUGAGUCCUCUGUGAAAAGACGUAAAAAAGACAAUGAAUUGGGGGAAAGGAAGAAAAGAGACAAAGAUGUUAGAAGGAGUGCAAAUAAGCAAGAAAUGCCUGUAUCAUUCUCCAUGACGUGCCAACCCAAGACUCGACAGGAAAGGAAAGGUGUCGACUUUGGGAAAUCUGCCACGGCAGGCCUUGAGAAGGUCUCCAGUCCGGAGCAUGGUCACAGAUACUUUAGUGGCUCUCCUGUGCUGCCUCCAGGACAGCUUGAGAAAGCAGAUGCCUCAAAGAAGGAGAAGCCAUGGCUUAAGAAAUCCUCUAGCAGUUCUAGCAGAAAGGAAAAAAGGAGGGAAAAAAGAAAGCUUCUGGACAGAAGUUAAAGUUUUGGGACAAGCAUUCUGCAGACAGAUCUAAGAAGAGGGCACAAACGACUCCCAAAGCUUUGGGAAAGGCUGUUAUUCCAGGGAUCGGGAAACUUCUUAUUCGAAUCUAUACAGGUCCAAUUGAAUAUGUGGCUUAGGACAAUUUUUGUUAACCUAGAAUUGAGAUCCAUUAAACAAAUUCACCCGA